AUGGUCCAGGGAGACUUCAACACGGACACAGGGGUAGAAUUCAUUGAAAAUACAUUCCAUGGCAGGCUAGAUAGUGGGGGAGGAUCACAGAAGCAGACUGUGCCUCAUUCUAGAUGCGUCGAAAGCUGUCGCCCUGGCUAUGCCAAGGAGGUCCAGGAAGGAGAGCCACCUUGCUGCUACGCUUGCGCUCCAUGUGCAGAAGGGACCAUCUCCACUCAGGAAGAUGCAGACCAUUGCAACAAGUGUCCAGAUGAUCAGCAGCCAAGCAAGGACCGAGAUCGCUGUAUCCCCAAGGCUAUAAUUCUUCUUUCUUAUGAAGACCCUUUGGGAUUAAUUCUGGCUUCUUUUGCACUAUUCCUGUCCUUAACCACAGGCUUUGUGUUAGGAAUAUUUCUUAAAAACCUAGAAACACCAAUAGUCAAGGCCAAUAACCGGGACCUCUCCUACAUUCUCCUCAUCUCCCUCUUGCUUUCCUUUUCAUCGUCUUUCCUGUUCAUUGGCCCUCCGAGCAAAGCAACUUGCCUUCUCCAGCAAACAGCCUUCAGCAUCAUCUUCUCAGUGGCCGUCUCUUCUGUUUUGGCCAAAACUAUCACUGUGGUGCUGGCCUUCCUGGCCACAAAGCCAGGGAGCAAGGUCAAGAGAUGGCUGGGGAAGAGUUUGGCCAACUCUAUUGUAAUCUUUUCUUCCAGUGUCCAAGUUGUCAUCUGCACCAUCUGGCUGGGCAUCUCCCCACCCUUCCCUGACUUGGAUAUGCACUCCCAGCCUGGAGUGAUCCUACUACACUGCAAUGAAGGUUCUGCCACCAUGUUUUAUUCCGCCCUUGGCUACAUGGGUUUCCUGGCUGCUAUCUGUCUGAUGGUGGCUUUCCAAGCAAGGAAGUUGCCUGGAUCCUUCAAUGAAGCCAAGCUGAUCACCUUCAGUAUGCUGGUCUUUUGUAGUGUCUGGGUGUCGUUUGUGCCCACCUACCUGAGUUUGAAGGGGAAACACAUGGUAGCCGUGCAGGUCUUCUCUAUCUUGGCCUCCAGUGCUGGGUUGCUGGGAUGUAUCUUCAUUCCCAAAUGCUACAUUAUUUUACAGAGGCCAGAACUGAACACAAAGGAACAUCUCAUGAUGAAAACCAAAGAGGGCAGCUAA